AGGGUUUCCACGCUCCGGGCGAGACGAGAAGCGCGCUGUUCACAAGAUCGACCCAAAAAAUUUGGCCGUUUCUCAAGAUUUGGCCGUUUCUCAAGACACAGGGAAACGAGGGCACACGGAAUGGACGUUGUACGAUACAAAGCACAUCAACCUUUGUACCGUACUCAUACCACUCUAGAGAGCACUGUUGACCCAUGGCUUCUGAAUUUGGCUGCGAUGACAAUGAGACAGAGUCCGAGGCUCUGGUGCUUCGAUCCAAGUCGGAGAGGGUACAUAUCACGAAGACAUUCGAAAAUGGCAAGAAUGACAGAACAACGAAGAAGCGAAUGAUAGCUGUGGUGGCCAUUGUGGCCAGCGCCAUUGUCCUUACGACCAUCCUUUCCGCAUUGGCCAGUACCAAUGAAACAACCUGGAUACGAUCUACUGCGAAGCAUGAUGUUCCAAAACCAGGAAACGAUGGCGCAAUGACAACUACGGAAGAUGUUCCACAGCAGUUUCCUCAAUUCAGCUGCCCCUCGGAAGUUCGCCAAGCACAGAACUACGACGAAUCUUUUGAAGGCGUGUACACAAAUAUCUCAGAGCACAUUAUCGAGUCCAACAUAACUGCUUUCAUAGAGUCCUUUCGACAUGAAGAAUACGACGGCUGGGGAAAGACCUAUGAAGAAGUAAAGGCGGGUCUGCAUGAAUGGAAGAUAGAGCGGUUCACGGAUAAUCUGAAUGAUGGUUCGACAAUCUACGAAAGUGCUUCUGGAAUUGGUCUGAGCAUUCUGCUGACCCUGGAAGCCGUGCAAGAAGUGAAAGAGUUGAAGAGCAUCAAGGUCUAUGGCAACGAGUACGUCAAGGAAUCAGUCUACUUGGCGAACAAGUUGCUUCCGGCCUUGCUGUCACAAGUGAAUGCAACACUAGGGUCAAUCUGUCAGGGCGACAGCACCGACCUGCACUUUGUCCCGUCCAAUUCUUUUGACGUUGUCUUCACUGGAUACAUUAGCACACUGCUUGACCCCCUCAACUUUGGCAAAGGUGACCUGAAUUCCAACUAUGAACUUUAUGAGCAUAUUUGUUUGAACAAAAAGAAGAAGGAUUGGGAGGCCAUGAAGCUGGCCGAGAUUGCACAAGAGAGGCAGGAGGACUGGUUUGGGUUGUGGGUACAGGAAAUGAUCCGAAUCGCCAAGCCGGGUGCUGCCAUCAUCAUUGAACAAGUUUCCAGACCAUAUUGCAAAGAUAUGUAUGAUUGGGGAGGAGUGCCGCACAAGUUUUGGUCCAAUGGCAUUCACAAGUACGGGUGGGAUGUUGAUCGCUAUUCCUUGGACAUGUCUAAAGACCAGGUAUUCACACAACGCUACAAUGUGUUCAUGCGGAAGAAUCUAUAAGGGCGUCGGUUGUUAUGCUGGCAAAUGAUCUGAUGGAUUGAAUACUGUACCGUAUAGAAGACAGAACGAUUGCUGCUGUCACUCAACGCCUCCGCUAGUUUUGCCGGAAUAAAGGGACACACGGCUAAGAUACGAUAUAAAUAGGGAUGGCUGGCAGUCUCUAGAUUUGUCAGUUCAACCAUGAUGGAGAAACCCACCAACCUUAUUCCCGCCCACUUUAGUAUAGUCUGUGUCCGAGAUCUUGCUCCCGCGUCUAAACUGUGCGUCGAAAACAAAACCAAUGUCGGCA